AGAAUGUAAAUGGAUUUUUUAAAUGUGUAUACAAUGUAAAACCAAUGUCUGCGUAAUGAGAAAAAAAUGUUUCACACGAUUAAAAAGGUGUGCGUGACAUUAAAAAAACUGUUCACAUAUUUGCACAAUAUGUAUGGUGGCAUUUUUAGAAAAUAUUUCUAAAAAAUAUAAAAAUGUUUGCAUAGUAUAGAAAUGUAUUGUAACAUUAAAAAAUAUGUACAUGAUAUUUUAAGGAAAUAUUAUCGCACUUCAUAAAAACUGUGACAUUUUUAGAAUAUUGAAUGUAAGAAAAUGUUCGCGUGCUCUAACAUAAAUGUUUUGUGCCAUUUAAAAAAUGUUGAAAAUAAGUAUUUUAAAAACAUUGAAUGUGUAUAAGAAAAUAUUCCGCAUGUAUAUGAAUAAUGCACAAUGUGGUUUAACUUAGACAAGUGUUGAAAAAAUAAAUUAAAAAACACACGAAGAAGACCGGUGAAUAAACGCCAAAUAAAAACGAAGAUUCCCGAAGAAACUGAUGAAGAAAAGCAGGAAAACAACAGUAACCCCAAUAAACUGAAGAAACCCGAUGAAGAAAUGUGAGUAACCAGCCAAAAACGAAGAAACCCGAAAAAAACGAACCAAAAGAAACAAACGGAGAAUCGAAGGUGUACAUCCGUUACUUGGACUGGGCUGCUUGCAGUAGGCGAGCCAGAGCUACAUCUCGCGCAGUAGGCGAGAUAUUAAAAAUAAUCUAUCGGCUGCCUGCUGCUUCUGCUGAGACGACUCGAAGCGAGAUAAAAAUCAAUCCCCAAAUCCUCUCACGGCAGCGCGGCCUCCCGCUCCCACACGCGGCGGCCGGCGGGACGGCGCCUUCCGCGCUCGCCAGGUCGAGCUGACAAGGUCGGCUGGGCGGAGCCAGCUGGAGGGGCUGAGGGAGGCCGAUUCCCCCGGCUGCACUCAAGGUGUUCGUCGGAUUGCCGCGCCGGCUCAAGCGGCCGACCGCGCGGUGCUUCCUCCGUGCCACGUUCCUGUAGCACGGGCGGUCGCAGCGCCCAGCAAGGGGCGGAAGGAAGAGGCGAGGAGAGAGUUCUUCGCCGACCAUGUCAUCUCCGGCGAGCUGGUCGCCGCUCUCCGUGCUGCCCGGUGGCAGUUCCCUGGCACCGGCAUUGGUUAAGACGGACGGCUCCAAGUUACUUCGCAGCAUAAGCUUUGGUCGUCGGUCUACCUCUCGGGUCUCUUGCUCUGGGUCAUCCAGCGGAAGUUUUGCCAAGGAAUCGCCAUAUGGUAAGCAGAAGGCAUACGAAGAGGACGCCCCUGCGGAUAAGGAAAAGGGUGGUUCAGAAUGGAGCAAAGAUGAGAUUGAGGCCAUCUCGGCGCUGUUUGCCCGGCCGAUGCGCCGGAAGCCAGUGAAGCCGCCGAACCCGGCGACACAGAGGCCUCUCCCGCUGCCGCUGCCCCACAAGACGAGGCCACCCGUCACUCCAGCACCGACGCAGCACGUCCGGCUGGCUUCACGCUCCAUGUUCAGCGACAAGGUGCGCAAGAACCCCGAGGUCCUCAUUGGGAUUGCCAAGGAGAUCGCUGCGCUCCCGCCGGAGUCUGAUGUGUGCAAAGUGCUGGACCGCUGGGUCCCCUUCCUCCGGAAAGGCUCCCUGUCCAUGACCAUCCGGGAGCUCGGGCACAUGGGGCUUCCUGAGAGAGCGCUUCAGACACUGUGUUGGGCACAGGGGCAGAAGGCAGUGCCUCUGUUCCCUGAUGACCGGAUCCUCGCUUCGACCAUCGAGGUUUUGGCGCGCUUCGACGAGCUGAAGUUGGAGUCUGCGCUUGAGGAGUGCGUCCCCUCGGCGAGCCGCGCUGUCCUCGAAGCCAUGGCGAGGGGGUUCAUCAGGGCUGGCAAAGUAGGCCUGACACGCAAGCUCCUUGAACUUGCUAGGAUGAACAAGAGGACACUGCACCCAAGCAUCUACGCGAAGCUGAUUCUGGAGGUUGCCCGGACACCUGAAGGCUAUGGGCUCGCUGCUGCACUGCUUGAUGAGCUCGGUGAGAGGCCAGAUUUUGACCUGCGACAGCAGGACUGCACAGCUGUCAUGAAGGUCUGCAUAAAGCUCAGGCGGUAUGCAGCCGUGGAGAGCCUGUUCAGCUGGUUCAGAGGGUCUGGCGGGAACCCAACUGUUGUGAUGUACACUACAGUGAUCCACAGCCGCUCCCGUGAUGGGAGGCACCGAGAGGCGUUGGCCCUGGUUUGGGAAAUGGAACAGGCAAACUGUCUUCUUGACCUGCCGGCGUACCGGGUCAUCGUGAAGCUGUGUGUGGCAUUGCGUGAUCCAGAAAGGGCUUUUCGGUACCUCUCGAGGUUGAAGGAGGCUGGAUUCGUUCCGACCAGUGACAUAUACUGUAAUUUGAUUGAAGGCUAUGCCACAGCAGGGAGGAUGGCCAGGUGCCGGCAGCUGAUCAGGGAGGCUGAGUCAAUCGGCGUGUUGCUAGACAAGAGGCUGAUCUCAAGCUUGUCUGAGAUGGGUGAUAGACGUCCUUGAACCACUGGAAAGUAAAAGUCUGUGCUUGUGUAAUUAUCUAGAGGAGUUGAUGAUCACCACGAUGCUUCAUCAGCUACUCAAUCGUCGACGCCUCCACCUCGGUACUAUUUU